GGCAUUCCCUCAGCGUUUCGUCAGAGCCAGAUCCGCCCGCAGCUGAAGGGAGGCGCGCUCUGCUCCAGGGUAGCCUGGAACCCAGCUGCGAGCCAAGUGCGUCCCGGGAAGGAGGUCCCCGCUGGUCCCUCUGCGCCUGGCGCGUCCGGUCCGCGAGACUGAAAGCUGAAGAGUGGCCACCCGACUCCCCCUGGAGCAGGCAGCAGCAUGCAGCCGCUGCCCAGCCUGUGCGGACGCGCCCUGCUGGCGCUGAUCCUUGCCUGCGGCGUGGUGGGGGUCCAGGCUGAAGAGAGGGGAUUCCCGCCGGCCGGGGCCACUCCGCCACUUCUGGGGGCCGGAGAGAUAAUGGCGCCCCCAACUAAGACCUCCUGGCCCAGGGGCUCCAACUCCAGCGUGCAGCGGUCGUCCGCAUCUCCGCAGAUGCCGAAAGGAGCGAGAAUGGCGGGAAUCCCACCGCGCACCCUUCCCCCGCCCCCGUGCGAAAGACCCAUCGAGAUCAAGGAGACUUUCAAGUACAUCAACACGGUGGUGUCCUGCCUAGUGUUCGUGCUGGGCAUCAUCGGAAACUCCACACUGCUGAGAAUCAUUUACAAGAACAAGUGCAUGCGAAACGGCCCUAAUAUCUUGAUAGCCAGCCUGGCCCUGGGAGACCUGCUGCACAUCGUCAUUGAUAUCCCCAUCAAUGUCUACAAGCUACUUGCCGAGGACUGGCCCUUUGGAGUUGAGAUGUGUAAGCUGGUGCCUUUCAUACAGAAGGCCUCUGUGGGAAUCACUGUGCUGAGUCUAUGUGCUCUAAGUAUUGACAGAUAUCGAGCUGUUGCUUCUUGGAGUCGAAUUAAAGGAAUCGGGGUUCCAAAAUGGACAGCAGUAGAAAUUGUUUUAAUUUGGGUGGUCUCCGUGGUCCUGGCUGUCCCUGAAGCCGUGGGUUUUGAUAUGAUUACCACUGACUACAAAGGCAGUUAUCUGAGAAUCUGUUUGCUCCAUCCCACUCAGAAAACAGCCUUCAUGCAGUUUUACAAGACAGCUAAAGAUUGGUGGCUAUUCAGUUUCUAUUUCUGCUUGCCAUUGGCCAUCACUGCAUUGUUUUAUACCCUGAUGACCUGUGAAAUGUUGAGAAAGAAGAGUGGCAUGCAAAUUGCUUUAAAUGAUCACUUAAAGCAGAGACGGGAAGUGGCCAAAACAGUAUUUUGCCUGGUCCUUGUCUUUGCCCUGUGUUGGCUUCCUCUUCACCUCAGCAGGAUUUUGAAGCGCACUCUUUAUGAUCGGAAUGAUCCCAAUAGAUGUGAACUAUUGAGCUUUUUGUUGGUAUUGGACUACAUUGGCAUCAACAUGGCCUCCCUGAAUUCCUGUAUUAACCCAAUAGCUCUGUAUUUGGUGAGCAAAAGAUUCAAAAACUGCUUUAAGUCAUGCUUAUGCUGCUGGUGCCAGUCAUUUGAAGAAAAGCAGUCCUUGGAGGAAAAGCAGUCGUGCUUAAAGUUCAAAGCUAAUGAUCACGGAUAUGACAACUUCCGUUCCAGUAAUAAAUACAGCUCAUCUUGAAAGAAGGAAUAUUCAUUUUCUUUACUUUGGACAGAAAUCAUUAAAACAAUGAGGCAUCCGCCAAACAAAACAAAACAACUGUGUGUUUGCACAAAACGAUGUAAAAAUGUAAGAGUGAUUAUUUUCUUAACACUCAGAGUUACUCAUGACAUUUUAUGAGCUGUUUACAGCAUAAGAAGAAAAGCGAUGAGAAUUAAGAAAGCCUCAUUGUGAAAGCACUUAAUCCUUUACAGUCAGCACUUCAAUGUGGCUCUUCUGAACUUCUGGUAUAUUCAUACACCACUUACGUUUAAAUUGAGCUCACUCAGAAUUCCUAUUAAAGAUGCUUAUUUUUUAUAUUAAGGUGAAUCGGAUGCAAAGGAUAAAUGUGUUGCUGCGAAACAGAAUUUUUCAAUGAAAUUUAAAUUGCUCAAUUUAAAAUUUUAAAAAUCUUUUAAAGGACCUUUUCUAUUAAUAGUCUCACACCAUUGGUUGGACUGUAAUUGGAGACAAAAUAUGAAAGCAGUUCAGCUGGUGUAUUUUUUUGAUGUUAGAGACAUAUUUAAAUGAUCAGGAGGGAGUAUCAGAGAGAUUGAGGUUUUUGAAAAUAUUCAACUUUACAUUCAGAUAAGAUCAAAUGUCACAAAGGGACACAGAGAGAAGGUUUGGAAUGCCAUCCCAAAACACUGCUUUGAAAUCUCCUAUUCGUGUACUCUGCAAAGAAAAUACUACCUACAGUUUUUUUGAAGAUUAUUAAAACAUUCUUCUUCUUUCACUAUUGUAGUUUAAAUGCUAUUUGUUCAGUUUUGUCAUCUGUAAAUACUUAGCUACAAUACACAACGUGUAGAUGAUUAAACGAAGGGCAGGCCCCAGUGUUCAUACCUUUACAAUGGAGAGAUGCCAGGAACCCCAUAAUGGACAGAAUGUGAGUUGCCUGGAGCAGUGUCCACAUGGCAAAGGAGAAAGCAGCAUCUUCUCUCACCCCUGCUGCAGUUAAGAUCGUCUCUGGCAAUGUAUCAUACGAUAGUUAAAACACUAUUUUUAAGAUCAUAGAUAUUAGAGUCAAUGUAACAGUUACCUGUAAAGCUUAUUACUAAUUUUUAUAUUAUUUGUGUAAAUAACUAAUAGAAAAGAAUUCUGGAUGUGGUGCUUUCCUACCACUUACAGGCAAAACUGCUUUUUGAGACUGUUAAGAACCUCUUACUUUGUGCAUUCUUGCCUAAUUCUUUCAUCUCCCCAGCAAAGUGCCUCAGGUUAACUUGGAUGAGAUGUGUGUGAAAGUAUGUACAAGAGAAAACGGAAGACAGAGGAAAUGAGAUGGGGCGGGAGGAAACCCAUGGGGACAGAUUCCGUUUCUUAGCCUGAUGUUCGUCACUGCCCGUCAUAUCAAUGCAAAAGGUCCUGAUUCUGUUCCAGCAAAACAGUGCAAUGUUCUCACAGUGGCUUCAGGAACAAAUUGGGCCCAAGAGCUUAAACUCUGUCUUAAAAUAUAACAGAGUUUCUACCCUUGUUUUUUGUUUUUUUGUGUGUGUGUGUGGUUUUUUUUUUUUUUUUUUUU